AUGUCCUGCCAAGGCAUCCGCGCCGCCCUCGCCGACUGCAUCCUCCGCUCCGACUGCGUCCUGCGCUCCGACCCGCCACGCUCGCCUCAAGAGUGCCUCAAGGACCACGUCGACGAGCUCCCCGAAGAGUGCCAGCUCUUGCGCAAGUCCUUCUUCGAGUGCAAGCGCGGCAUGCGACACACUGAACGCAUCUCGCGCAGGAAACGCUUCCGCGGCAACGAGCCGACCCAGUUCAAGGUCCCGGGCAAGGAAGGGCUCGGCGAGGGCGCCGGCGCAAAGGAGUGA